AUGAGUUCCCUCAUCCCUAGGGGCGGCUUCCAACUGCCGUUCCAAAAACGGCUCAGCAACCUCUACAACGACACCAAGAAGUCCUCCGACUUUGUCAAAGAACCCGUCCAAAAUGCCGAGGACCCCGAAAUCAAGGCGCUGCACCGCAAGCUGCGCAUCCAAAAGGAUCGGCUCGUAACCUGGGGCGUCGAGUGGUCCGACCCCACGCAGUCGGCCGAGAUCGACGAGUCGCUCUCUAAGGCCGGGUUGAGCGAGGUCGUGGGCAGCAUCAUGUCGACCAUCAAGGACAUCCUGGCCGAGGCGGAGCCGCUUUGGCAGAGUUACAAAGGGAGAGGGGGCGCUUCGGGGGGUGGAGGGGGGGAUGGAGGCGCGGGGAAGGGAAAUGCGGCGGAUCGGAAGAGGCCUAUUAUUAUUUGGGAUAGGGGCCGGUUUGAAGACUUGGUGAGGGACUUGACUAUGUCUAUUGACACGCUUUAUGACCUGUCGAGGACGAGGUCGUCUACGGCUACGAGCUUCCGCGCGCCUGCCGGUGGGAGUGGAGUGUUCCAUGCCGGCAAGUCGUCAGGUGAGGAGGCUAAGACUUUUGAGUCGACGCGGAUGCGGACACCGCAGCUUAUCGCGCCUUCGACGCUAAAGCCCCUGCGAUACAUAUCGCAGGCCGAUGGUGCGUAUUCCGCCGUUUCCGAAUUGAAGGAGCGGGAUAUCGUCGUCAUGAAUAAGCAGGCCUUCUCCGACCUCCCGCGAGCCGGCGAUGCCCAGCCCUGGGCUCCGUUAUUGCUUGAAUUUGCUACCUUUGAUUCCAUUUACUCUACGACGGGCAUCAUGCCUCCUAUGGCUCGCUUCGAGAAGCUCUCUGCUGGCCUUCAGAGGGGACCUCAACGUUCCCCGGGCACCUGGACCGGUCUCCCCCGCCUUCUGGGAUACUACGAGGAUUUGGAACGUUCACGGCUCGGGCUCGUCUACCAGUUCCCCACCGCCUUCAACCCCGUCUCCUUCGACCCGCAGACGCGUGCCCCUUCAGGACAGCUCUACACCCUCCGGGAUCUCCUCUCGCGACCGGAUUACGAGCCACGUCUCGAGGCCAAGUUCCGCCUCGCGCACAAUCUCGCAAACACGGUCUUCGACAUGCAUACGCGCGGCAUCACGCACGGAAACCUCGUCGACAGCGCCAUCGCCUUCUGCUCGGCGAAAAUCGGCGACGAUACUGACGAGCCUGACGUGAGGCGGCCGCUCGUCACGUCGUUUGAGCUCUUCCCCGACACGCCUUCGGAUGAGACGUCGACGUUGCGCCAGCCACUCUUUCAUCAUCCUUUGGACCCGUACAUCACGAAGCAUUCGCCGCUGGGUAACUGGACGGAUCUGCGGGUGUUGGACCUCUACUCCCUCGCCAUGGUGCUUCUCUGUAUCGGUAUGUGGUCCAACAUUGAGAUGUUGGUCCCCAAUCCGAGCGUUCCAUCUGUGCCCGAGUCUAUUAUGGAAAAGCUUGCGAUCCAGUGCGGUACACUGUACAUGAAAGCCGUACAAGUCUGCUGGCGCGCCGCCGAACAAGAGUUCUCCGGCGAAGGCCCCACCGGAGACGAGCUCCUCGCUUCCGUGCAGAUGGACGUAAGUCGGUGUCUCGAGGCUUGUUGCAUAAUCGACGGAGUGAGUGGAUUGGAGCUUAGGGUUAUGGAGGAGAGGAUGAGAGAGGAAUCGGUGCCAGCACCCACCCCUACCCCCAUUCCUGCCGCCGCUGUUCCAACGCCAUCGCCGAGGAUGAGGUCUCUGCCCCCAAAGGCGAUGAUGGAGCGGACAUCUUUGAAAACACUGACGCCUAAGUUUUCUCCCGAUGUGGCUACUAGCUAUACAAAGGUGGAUAGGAAGCCAGAGGCGCCUCGGACAGAGCCGAAGGAAAAACAAGGAUCUAAGAUCGGGACAAAGCCAGCCUCGAAAGAGAAAUCAUCCGAACCUAAGGAGAGGUGUCGACUCUACCCUCAAGUCGAAAUACCGGCCGAGUAUAUCGAGAGGUGGAACAAAGACAUCAUGCCAAAGAUUAACACGGCGCUUCGCCAAUUUUACCGAAAGUACCCAGAGUCGGUGGAAAUCUCCCUCGAAGCUAUUGGGCCAUCACCGACUUCCACCAAGCCCACAGUACUGGUUGUUUGUACCUCUGUGGGCAAGGUGAAGAACAUUCUGAACCGCAAGAUGUCGGAUUUAUUUGAAGGUACCACACCCGAGUUCGGCCUCAAGGUAUGCAAGGGCAAGGUUAUUCGGGCCAGCAAGGGGGAAGUCCCUGCCACCGGAGCGGAUGCGAAGCGGAGUAUGGGACAUAAAGGCCGCCAGGAUCCCGAUGAUGAUGAGGACAGCGACGAUGAGCCUGCUGCAGUCAACCCCUUUUAUCAAGAGCGGCCUCUCAAUGGUGCGAGUAUUGGCGCUUGGAUCGGAGACAGGCACCUGCCUGCCGUGAGUUUCGGCGGACUAGUCAUGAUCGACGACAGGCCGUACGGCAUGACGGUUCACCACAUGUUGGAUGACCCCGGCUGCAACCAGUCCGCGGAGGAGCCCCAAAGGUCCGUAGCCUACGGUGGCUGGUCAGGAAGCUCCUCCGGCGAGAGCGAUGAGGACUAUGCCUGCGAAUUUUCGGAUUCCGACUCUGACUCCGACACCGAGCUUACGAGCGACGACGAGGAAGAGGAAGAAGAGGACGAAUCCGACGAAGAGGGUGAGUACACCGAGCCCGGUGACAUCCCCGGCAUCGAACCUGGCUGCGGCGAUGGGUACAUCAUCACGCAGCCGGCCUUCGAUGACGUCGAAGACUGGUUCUUUCCCUCGCCCAAGACCAAGAACGAGGACCACCUCGACAGCUUCAGCCUUGGUGAAAUGUACGCCUCGAGCGGCCUGCGGCGCCGACACGAAGGUGGACUGAUCCACGAAGUUGACUGGGCGCUCUUCGAGUUCCAGAGCGAUAGGCUUCCAAAUACCAACUCCUUCCCGCGGUCCGCUGGUGGUGAUGGGAGCGCUCCAUUGAUGCUGCAGCCAACGAAUGUCGUGGCUACGGAUCUCCUCCCCGGAUUAGAAGUGCAGUGUAGCGCGAGGACGAGCGGUGUGCAAACGGGCAAGAUCCUCCCGGCGCUCACCAGCAUCAAGAUCUACGGGCGCAAGUCGAUGAGCCACGCAUACCAGAUCACGAGCACGGCGCGGAACUCGAGCAGCACCUCGGGCCGGCGCCAUCCGCUAGGUGUGCCGGGAGAUAGCGGCGCGUGGGUCGUCGACAAGAAUAACGGGCGGGUGUGCGGACACGUGCUAGCCUACAGCCAAAGGAAACAGGUGGCGUAUAUCUGUCCCAUGGAGAUGUUGUUGAACGAUAUCGCUGAGACAUUGGAGGCGGCGGAGGUGAAGCUACCGGGGGGUGAGGCGGUCGUCGCGGGUAAGGCGAAGGAUGAGGCUGAUUUUGUAAAGAUUUCGAGCUUGAAGGUUGAUGAUGAUGACUUUGAUGAGGAUGAGGAUGAUGAGGCCGAGUCGGAGGAUGAGCGUGAACAGGCGCCGAUUCAGAGCGAAAAGGUGAAACGAAGUCGCGCUGCGCUACGAAAAGUGAAGGAGGAGAUUGCCGAGAAGAAGAAGAAAAAGGUAACGAGGAGUAGUAAUCUGGAGAUACCCUACCUAUCGGAAAAGGUCGAGGAGAAGAGCGUGGCCGGUGCCCAGGUGCCGUCGGGUGAGCUGCUUGUUUGUAUGCAGCCCACGCCGAGAGCUUACGGGAAUCGUUUUUUAUGA